CUCGGCGGCGGCGAGGAGGAGAAGGCAGGGGGGACCCUCCCGCCUCAGCCCCGCUCGCCGCCCCGCUCCCCUCCGGCGGGCUGUUGUGCGAGACAGACAGACACACAGACCCUGCGCCCCGUCCCGCCCCGGAGCCCCGGGAGGCCGGGCCGGGCGCGGUGCUGCCGCCGCCGAUCGGGGCUCCCUGUGUCCGCUGCCCGAGGAAGAGAAGGAGCAGGAGGCGGAGGGAGCGCCCCGGCGGGCAGCGGCGCAGCCAUGAGCGGCGGGGAGGUGGUCUGCUCGGGCUGGCUCCGAAAGUCCCCGCCGGAGAAGAAGUUGAAACGCUACGCAUGGAAGAGAAGGUGGUUCGUGCUUCGGAGCGGCCGCUUAACGGGGGAUCCAGAUGUAUUGGAAUACUACAAAAAUGACCAUGCCAAGAAGCCUAUCCGUAUUAUUGACUUAAACUUGUGUCAACAAGUGGAUGCUGGAUUAACGUUCAACAAAAAGGAGUUUGAAAACAGCUAUAUUUUUGAUAUCAACACUAUAGACCGAGUUUUCUAUUUGGUAGCAGACAGCGAGGAGGAGAUGAAUAAGUGGGUUCGAUGUAUCUGUGAUAUCUGUGGGUUCAACCCUACAGAUGAGGAUGCUGUGAAGCCACCAGUUAGUUCUUUACAACCAUCUGCUGAGUUACCCUUGCCCAUCAACACUUCACUGCCUUCCAUGCAAGCAGAAUCCUCCCUUCCUUCUCCUUAUCGGCUUAUUAACGUCCCCCCUCUGGAGUCUUCCUCUGGUCAAGAAGAUCCUCAAGACUACUUACUGCUAAUAAACUGUCAAAGUAAAAAACCUGAACCUAUGAGAUCUCAUGCUGACUCUGCAAAAUCCAGCUCUUCAGAAACAGACUGCAACGAUAACCUGCCCUCCCACAAAACCCCUGCUGCAUCAGGGAGCAAGCACGCUGUGAACGGCUUCUUCCCGCAGCAGGGCGUCUACGAUUCCCCACCUUCCCGCUCCGUGCUGACACUGGCAGACUCCAGCCUCUACAACCUGCCUAGGAGUUACUCCCAGGAUGUUUUGCCCAAGGCAGCGUCUCCAUCUGGAACCGAUGCCGAAGGAGAGCAACAUGUUUUCAAUACCCCGUCAGCAACGUCAUUAGACGCACAGAUGAGGCACAUCUCCAUUAGCUAUGACAUUCCCCCCACACCUGGAGGUACUUAUCAGAUCCCACGAACUUUCCCAGAGGGAACGUUGCCUCAGACUUCAAAACUGGAGACUAUUCCAGACAUCCCUCCACCUCGGCCGCCCAAACCUCACCAGGCAGCGGAUCGAUCUCCUGUGGAAACCUGUAGCGUCAGUCGCAGUGCUUCAGACACUGACAGCAGUUACUGUAUUCCCACUGCGGGAGCGCCGCCCUCGCGCAGUAACACCAUUUCAACGGGAGAUCUGAACGUCUUCCGCAAAGAAAUUAGUUCUCAAGACUGUUAUGAUAUUCCACGAACGUUUCCGAAUGACAGAUCUAAUUCAUUGGAGGGCUUCCAUAACCACUUUAAAAACAGAAGCAUGUUGACAGUGGGAAGUGUUUCAAGUGAAGAACUAGAUGAAAAUUAUGUCCCAAUGAAUCCCAACUCUCCUCCACGACAGCAUUCCAGCAGCUUCACUGAACCCAUCCAGGAAACAAACUAUGUACCAAUGAUACCUGGCACGUUUGAUUUUCCAUUGUUUGGAAAGCAAGUCCCUCCUCCUGCUCACAUGGGUUUCAGGUCCAGCCCAAAGACCCCUCCCAGACGGUCGGUACCUGCUGCAGAAUGUGAGCCACCGCCAGUGGACCGGAACCUCAAACCAGACAGAAAAGGUCAAAGUCCUAAAAUUUUAAGACCUAAACCACAUGGUUUAGAGCGAACUGAUUCACAAACCAUAGGUGACUUUACUACAAGAAGAAAGGCAAAACCAGCUCCACUAGAAAUAAAACCUCUGCCUGAAUGGGAAGAAUUACAAGCUCCAGUUAGAUCUCCUAUCACCAGAAGCUUUGCACGAGACUCCUCCAGGUUUCCCGUGUCACCCAGACCGGAUUCAGUUCAUAGCACAACUUCCAGCAGUGACUCGCACGACAGUGAAGAGAAUUAUGUAUCCAUGAACCCAAAUCAGUCCACUGAAGACCCAAAUUUGUUUGGAAGCAAUAGCCUCGAUGGAGGAAGCAGCCCUAUGGUAAAACCUAAAGGAGAUAAACAAGUGGAAUAUUUAGAUCUGGACCUAGAUUCGGGAAAGUCUACGCCACCUCGUAAGAAGAAGAACAGUGGCUCAGGCAGCAGCGUGGCAGAUGAGAGGGUUGAUUACGUUGUGGUGGACCAGCAGAAAACGCUGGCCCUGAAGAGCACGCGGGAGGCAUGGACUGAUGGCAGACAGUCUACGGAGUCCGAGACGCCCACGAAAAGUGUGAAGUGAAAACACUGCUUUGUCUCUGAAGAAUGGAAAGAAGUGAAUUUUGAAGAAUCACAGAACCACAAUGGCAGUGUUGUUCAGCUGUACAGUACCUGAUUCCCUGGGGUGGGAAUCAGUUCCUCACCAAAUAGGUUGGAAGCCAAAAGACACUUGGAGUAUAUCAAAAGAACUUUAAGAUCAUGAAUUGGCUCUGUGGUGUCUGGAAAAAUCCCAGCCUGUAAAUAACCUGUAAAAUAAUAUCACUUAGCUUUCAGAAAAUCUUUUGUUCUGUAGUUAACACAUUUGUGGUUAUUACAGUGUUUAUGCACUUUUUCAGUUACAAUGUUGGUUCAGGUAUUCACAGUUAGUGUACCUUAAUGUCUAAUUCAUCUGGAGAAUUCUUUUUUCCUUACACUACUAUUCCUCACAAUUUUAGGUUAAUUAAGCUACAUGUAGAUAUGGAAAUUAAUAUUUGAACUUCAUUUUAACAACUCAAAAUUGAUUUUGCAGAAAUACUUUCACAAUUGAAUAAUCUACUUGAAAUGCCAAGAGACAACCAUUAGUUACACACUUGUUUAUAUUUAAUACAUACAAGAUUAAUUGGAAGUCUACAGGUUACCUUCCUAACAAAAAAUUGCUGUGAGUUAAUAAUAAUGAACUGUACUGGGUUUAGACCUAAAAUCCUGGUUUAUAUGUUAGUUGUUAGUGGUGGAACUUCUAUUGUAUUUUAUUAAUGACAGUGUUCUGUGUUCAAUGGGUGAAGAUUCUGCAGGGUGGGAUCUUACACUUUCAAAGACUGAAUAAUUAAAUGUCAAGUAAGCCUGCAAACCACUGAUAGCAUGCAGUAAUAUUGUGAUCUCACACUUAUUAACAAGAAAUAACCUUUAUAUUAUUUACAGAAGGUAGAGUAUAUAAAUCAGGUACGUACCAAGCACUGUUGUGCUAAUACACUGAUCAGGUUUAGACAAUGAGCUUUAGUUUUGUACUGUUUAGAAGUUCUAAUGUCAGUUUUCAGUACAAGAUUAAUGGGACAGUUUGACAUUCACUUUUUGUAGUGCUAGCAAAAUACUGUGAUUUUAAAUUAGAAAUUAAUUCAAAUGGAAAUACUAUGUUUUAACACCAUAGUGCCCUUCUUAUGAGCUCUAUUUUACUUUAAUCUCUUGCUUGGCCUUAUAUUUAAAUCCCUAUGCAACUGAUAUUUUAUAUCUCUGUUUUUAAAAAUUAGAUAAUAUACCUAAAUGAUCCCCUUGUAAACCACUUGUUGCUCUUUCCUGGUACAGGAUUUUAAACUCUGUAUACUGUGAUCCUUUAUUUUACUAUGCCAGUUCCAAAUAAUAAUCUGCCUUGGUUUAGAAACAUUUUUUUGUUAUUUGGAAGAAGAUAGAAUUCUUUAAAUACAUGAAUGAGUUAGGUCUAGAUAGAAAACUUACUAACACUUUUGUUUUAUACAAAUGUCCUCAAUUAAGUGGUUGGUUUCAUUUUCUUGCCCAAUUGGGUUGUUUUUGUUUUUCUUUUUUUUUUUGGUUUUUUUUUGGUUUUGUUUUUUUUUUGUCCAGAUCAUUUAAAAGUUGAGCUUAAAGCUGCAUUGUUUUCUGGCAUGUUGGCCUUCGUACUGUGCCUAAUCUACCAUAGGUUGUUUCUCUCCCCUCACAGCCACAAUCUACAGUAUGUAAAUUAUCUUAUUCUUAACAAAGGUUCUUUUUAAAUAAGUAAUGUUUUGAUGCUUUGAAUGUUCAUUUUAAAAAAGAAACUAAACACAGUGCAUUUUUGAGGUGAAUUUUAAAUAAAUCAAGUUGUUCUGUUU